CACACACACACACACACACACAUUGCAAAGGUGGGGGCCAGGAACAGCGGAGGAGCGCUGUCUGUCCGAUGAAAAAUAAGGUAGACGGCUGUCACAGAGCACGGAAUAAUCCGAACUGCGGUGGCGAACCUGGACCGCGAGAAGAAGGAUCACUAUGUGUUGGUGAUCCAGGCCAAGGACAUGGCAGGGCAGCUGGGUGGACUGUCAGGAUCUACCACAGUGACCAUCACCAUCACAGACAUCAAUGAUAACCCUCCACGAUUCAACCAGAAGUUGUACCAGCUAAGCAUGCUUGAGUCAGCAGCCAUUGGAACAACAGUGGGCAGGGUGAAGGCUGAGGAUGUUGACCUGGGUCAAAACUCUGAGAUGACCUACACUCUCAAAGAAGAGGACAGCUCUGACAGGUUCAGCGUCAUCACAGACCCAGAGGCACAGGAAGGGAUCAUCAUUCUCAAAAAGCCAUUGGACUUUGAAACCAAGAGGACCCACAGUCUGCUGCUGGAAGCGGUGAAUAAGUACGUUGACCCCCAGUUUGAGAACCUCAGAUCCUUCAAGGACUGGACCAGUGUCAGGGUGACGGUUAAGGACAUUGACGAGCCACCUGAGUUCACCUUGCAAGCAAACGUGAUAGAUGUUCAAGAAGACACUCGUGUUGGAAGUGUCAUCGGCUCCAUUACUGCACGGGAUCCGGACUUAAUCAACAGCCCCAUCAGGUACUCUAUCGACCGUAACACGGACUUGGAGAGGAUAUUUAACGUGGACGCCACCACUGGAGUGAUCACUAUUGCCAAAAGACUGGACCGUGAGACAGCAGGAUGGCACAAUUUCACCGUGAUAGCGACGGAGGCAGACAACCAUGCCCAAAUGAGCAAGACCUCCCUGAGUGUCAGGAUCCUGGAUGUCAACGACAAUGCUCCGGAACUUUCCAUGCCGUUUGAAGCUGCUAUCUGUGAAGAUGCCAAACCGGGUCAGCUGGUGCACACGGUCAGUGUGGUGGAUAAGGACGACCCACAAGGCGGUCAUCACUUCUACUUCACAUUGGCUCCAGAGGCAGCUGACAGUCGCCACUUCACCCUCUGGGAUAUGAAAGAAAAUACUGCUGGAAUCCUAACCCACAAAAAUGGAUUCAACCGUCAAGAACAGGACAUCUACUUUGUCCCAAUUCUCGUGGUUGACAGUGGACCGCCAGCUCUGAGCAGCACCGGGACCCUCACUGUUCGAGUGUGCGGUUGUGAUGGAGAUGGUGCCAUACAGUCUUGCAGUGCCACCGCUUACGUUGUAUCUACAGUCCUGAGCCCAGCGGCUCUUAUUGCUCUGCUCGUUUGUAUUCUUAUACUCAUAGUAUUUGUCCUCCUUAUCCUGACCCUGAAGCGACACAGGAAGGGGCACAUGAUCUCCGAGGACGAGGAAGACAUGCGGGAUAACGUCAUUAAGUACAACGAUGAAGGAGGAGGGGAGGAGGACACCGAGGCCUACGACAUGACAACAUUGCGAAGCCUCUAUGACGUCACGGAGGUCAAAGCAGAAGGAGAAAGCGUGACCCCAGAACUUCAUUUGCUGCCCCAAUGGCUCCAGAAUCCAGACGCAGAUUUCUCCAUUUUCAGGAGUUUUGUCUGUAAAAAGCUCGAGGAGGCGGACGCCGAUUUGUCCGUCCCUCCAUAUGACUCUUUCCAAACAUAUGCGUAUGAAGGCACCUGCUCGGCGGCCCAGUCUCUCAGUUCCAUCAACUCUCUCUCCACUGACUCAGACCAGGACUAUAACUACCUCAGUGACUGGGGACCUCGGUUCAGGCAGAUCGCUGGACUUUACUCAGGAAAUCAGGCAGAUGAUGGCUCAUAGCAGCUGACGGCCUAACACCCAGUUUCUUUUUGCUCUCCUGCUGAAACAGUACAAUCAUUCCCAAUAAUGCAGCGCAGCUUAAAUCCUGAAAGCUGGCACUGGAUCAGUCAGGAAAGUCAAAUAAAUAGCUUUCCUGUUUAUCAACAUCACCUUCUCCAACUAACCUUCCAAACCUGGUAAUCAGACAGCCCUUUCAGUUGCUGCGGUAAGGUUUUGCCAAUGACAUGGUGGUUUCUCCCACAAUGUGUUGGCAACAUUCCCAGUCCAUAUCAUGACCAAUCCCCUUCUUUUGUAACAUUAGCAAGGUUAGCAGCCAGAGUGAAUGUAUUGAGUUAGUACUGUGAGACCGUGCAAAUUUUUGCAACAGGACCGACACACAUCCUGGCACAAAAUGAUACUGGUUGUUUACAGUUUAAAAUGGUAAUGAAGAAUGGAGUGUCUCGAGUUUUGGCAAUUUUAUUUAUUUCACUUGCUGAUCUAAAGUAAAAUUGCUAAACAACAGGGCUUAUAUGUCGGUGAUUUGUCUCUCUUUGAAAAGCAUAAGUGGACACCUGCAUAGCUGCAAAACACUGCACAAUAAACCAUCUGCAUCAAUCCUGGUUCAUAUCAAUUGUUCAACAGGAUUGCAAAUGCUGACCAAAAUGUAGCAGUCUGGGACUUCUUGAAAUUGCUUGCACCAUGGUGUGCAGUGGAAGCAAUUCUAGCCAAACUGUAAUUGAUUAGAAAAGUAUUCGUCAAUGCCAGUAUGGGGAGGAAAGUUAGCUUGCUUCAUUGCCUCCGAACUGGAAGAAAUGAAUAACUGAGGAUAUAUCCGAAUAAGAAAUCACCUCCGUGGUAACGUCUCCUGGUCGCCAGGUUAUCAAACCUGUCCUGAUACGUACAAAUUGAGAUGCAGAAUUCUGUUCAGUUUGAGCUUGGAAAGGAUCUCUGCAUUUCUUCUUAAUCUGCACUGCACAUGCAAUGUCUCAAUAUAAACAAUUCUCUCUACUGGUUUCGUAAGGUCAUACGUUGUAGGAGCAGAAUUAGGCCAUUCGGCCCAUCUUAGUCUAUUCGAUCAUGGCUGAUCCAUCUCUCCCUCCUAACCCCUUUCUCAUGCCUUCUCCCCAUAACCCCUGACACCCCUUGGUUUAUAAGACUGUUAUUCCUCAUCCUGUCGAAAUGAACCAAAUUCCCUCUAUUAGUUAGGCUCCUGGAAUUUUUUUCGACCAGGAUUAUGCCACGGUUUAGUCGGGCUGAAUCUAAAAGAUGUGAAGAGGUCAUUCUUUUUUAUUGCCGAAUAAAUUUAGCUUUUAUUACCUGGGAUGUGGGGGUUGUUACUAAAGAUUUGAAUAUUGUACCCUGCAAUUCCUCCAGUUAAUCUUAGUGAAAACAGCAAUCCUAUGGUCUUUCUUUUUUAUUGCCGAAUGCCGAACUCCAAAAUAGUGGAUGACUUUUGGAUUUGUACAAGUUAUUUUGAUUGUUAUUCUUGUCACAGCCACACCUGCAGCGGGCUUCAUAUCACUGGCAUUUCAGCUCCUGAUUAACUGUUGUGGCAGGAUAAAUGACAUUUCUGAACUCCAUGGAUUCCCAGAUAUACAUUCUGUUGCUUUGUUCCAUUUGUGGAGGAAUAUUUUACCUGGGGCAAUCAUCUCUACUCCCAGGACACCAACAGAGGAACGGAAAGACGAGGCAGAAACAAGCUCGAUCUCUCUUCUAUUCUUCCCAUGUUUCUGGAAUAGCUCAUCCUCAACUAUAAUGUGACUUGAAGGUUUCUGUCCCAAUGAUUUCUUCUGUAUUGCCAACCCCAUCAAUUCUUGACAAGGCAAUCAUCCACACUCAAUGCUCUCCUGCUAGGACCUCUGCAAAUCCAAAGCUUGCCAUCACAAUCUCAUGAUGUUGCCUACCGUAGGAUUAUUUAACUAAGUAACAUUUCCACUCAAUCCUCUUGUCAAAAGAAAUCAGAAUGGUGUUGAACGGAGCCAGACUUUCCUCAGUUAGGAUGCCCUGCAGACAGAACUACCAUCCUUCGAAAUAAAUGUCAGAUGUUAAGAGGAAGAAAUAAACUGAUUAUUUCUGACAACUUAGGCCCCAGGCCACGUUCGAGUUCAUGAAGCAUGACUUUUUAUACUGGAGGACACUGUCAUAAGGUCUAGUAUCUGAAACGCAAGUAUCAGUGUCAGCUUUCUUUUGCUGUAAAAUAUGACAGAAUUGGUACUUUUUUUACACUCCUCCCAGUUAAGUGGUGAAGAGGAUAUAGUGAAAGGUAAAUA